ACCUCUAAGGAGCCCAAACCUUUUUGUGGCACAACUACCAACACCUUCACCUCUUCAUCGACAACAAGAGAGAAAAAUAAUUCUUUAUCUGCACUCUCCUUAUUUCAUUUAUUUUUUUAUUCUGCAAUCUCAAAAUCUUUUGCUUUUCCAGUAAAGAGGCCUUUAGGCAAAGAACAUAAAAGAUGAUCUCUCUGUUUUCAUUGAUAUUGGUUUUCUUUGCAUUUGCUGAGGCAGAAGAUCAUGAAUCAAAGGUCACGGUCUAUGCCAACAGAGGUGACAACAUUACUCUGCCUUGUCACCUGGAAAACAUGACCCCUAUAUUCGGAAGCAGAAUCAAGUGGAGCAAAGUUGUAGAUGACAAUUCAGAAACUGAUGUACUUAUGGACUUGGGAAUCUUCUCGAAGACCUAUGGAGAUUUCCUGGACCGUGUUUACCUGCUGAAGGCAGAUGAUAGUGAUGCAUCCUUGGUCAUCACUGAUUUAGAUGUGAAAGAUUACGGCACGUACAAAUGUGAGAUUGCGAACGGCAUGCAUGACAAAGUCAUUGAAGUGGACCUCAAAUUACAAGGGGUUGUUUUCCCAUAUUCGCCUCGUCUGGGGCGUUACAACCUCAACUUCACUGAUGCCAAGGCUGUGUGUCUGGAGCAGGAUGCUGUUUUGGCCUCCUUUGACCAGCUCUAUGAGGCAUGGAGAGGUGGUCUGGAUUGGUGCAAUGCUGGCUGGCUUAGUGAUGGAACUGUGCAGUAUCCAAUCACCAAACCCAGAGAGCCGUGCGGAGGAUCGCUGUCAAAAGCUGGACUGAUAAGCUAUGGCCGGCAGCACAAGUCCAAUAGUCGCUAUGAUGUCUUCUGCUUCACAGCCGGGCUUACAGGAAGAUUCUACUACCUGAUCCAGCCUCAGAAGUUGACCUAUGACGAGGCCGUGGAGGCAUGCAAGAAAAACGGAGCCGAGAUCGCAAAGGUGGGCCAUAUGUUCGCUGCCUGGAAGGUGCUGGGAUACGACCGUUGCGAUGCAGGUUGGCUGGCUGAUGGUAGCGUUCGUUACCCUAUCUCCAGGCCCCGGAAGAACUGCAGUCCCACAGAGGCUGCAGUUCGCUUUGUUGGUUUUCCUGACAAAAAGCAGAAGCUUUAUGGUGUUUACUGUUACAAACCUCACCAGUGAACUUCUGCACUGCACAUCAAAGCUUAUGAAGGAAGUUUUGCAUGAAACCGCCAUAACUGUGACACUUAUUAGGGAUGUAGUAACGACUAGUUUCAUACUGUAACAUUCUCUAUAGCCAUUUGCUUAUGUCUCAUUUACUUUUUAUAUACAGUCAAUUUAUACAUCAUACAUAGGGGAGACCGGGGCUGG